UGCAGAGAAAAUGGAUAACAGUGAAAACUCAAGCCAAGGUCACAAAUCAAGAGGCAACAGAGGAUCAAACUUAGCUUUGGUGAUUCGAGAACUUGGAGAUACUGCAAAUAAUGUUGCUAGAAACCCCAGUAGCCCUAAUGUCAGCAUCAACAACAAUGCUCGAAUGCCAAUGCCAUACCUAAGGCGGGAUCCUGAGCAUUUGUUUCCAAUAACCAAUAUAUUUCGUAUCAUGAGGCGUAACUUGCCACCCAAUGCCAGGGUAUCCGAAGAGGCUAAAUCAACCAUUCAAGAAUGUGUUUCAGAUUACAUUAACUUUAUCACUGCAGAAGCAAAUGAGCGCUGUCACCGUGAGCACCGCAAGACGAUCACUGCUGAGGAUCUUCUAUAUGCUCAUGCAAAUCUUGGAUUUGAUAAUUACAUUGGUCCUAUCACUCUUUACUUAGAACGAUAUCGCCAAAAUGAAGCUGCUCAAAAUACCGUGCAUGGCGAUCCUUCAGUGAAGCGCACAACUAUUUUUUCAAAUGUGCACACACAAGGCCAUCCUUCCAUGCUUGCUCCUGCACCAUCUCCUUUACCUCCAAUUAAUUCAGUUUUUCCAGUUGGUGCUGAUGAGCAAACAUUCUUUAAUCCAACACCAAUGAGCAACAAAUUCUACUUUCAGAAUGCUUCUGGUGCUAGUCAUGGCGAUGGCUUUGACGUUGUUGGGCCUUCAUCAAAUGCUGAGUUUCCAAGGGCAUUUUUUCCCCACAAUUUUCAUCCAGGGCCUACUCUGCCAUAUGGGUCUGAUCCUCAUGGUCUGGGCCCUGAUGGGCAGUAA